AAUAAUUGUUAUUAUAAUUUGAUAAAAUCUAGUUGAAUAAUAUAUAUUUGAGUAAAAUGAAUUUUUAUUGCUGUGCCAGAUUAAGCAAUAAAUCACUUUUGGGGAGCGUGGCCAAGCUUCGACCUGCGUUAAGAACAGCGCAAUAUGCUUCGUCAGCGACAGUACCGAAAAUAUCAUUCAAACCAUAUGAGCCACCGAAAGAUGAGCAUUUCGAUGUGAAAAAUGAACGACUAAACCGACCUAUGUCUCCUCACCUCACGAUUUAUAAGCCCCAACUUACGAGUCUCCUUUCCGUCACACACAGAGCUGCAGGUAUGCUGCUAUCGGGAUACAUAACAGCGUUAGGUGUUGGUGCUUUAGUUCUGCCUAAUGAUGUUGCUCAUUAUGUGACAAUGAUUGAAGGCUUGAAUUUGUCACCAGCAACUAUUUUCCUUGCUAAGGCCUGUCUGGCUGCACCCUUGGGAUACCACUUUGCUAAUGGAAUCAGGCAUUUGUACUGGGACACAGCUAAAGGCUUAACAAUUAAAGAGGUUUACUCGACUGGAUAUGCAAUGUUAGCAGGUGCAGUAGCAAUUAGCUUAUUUUUAGCAGCAUUGUAAGUAAAUUAAGUAGACGUUUUUGAGUAUUAUUUAUUUGUGUUGUAAUAAAUCAUGGACAAUUAAA